AUGUACAUCAACGUCAACUACGCUACCGCAGAGCUUUUCAACAUUCUAUUGGGUGCCUGUGAGCUCUUCAAAAACAAGACCUUUAAAGUUUACAAUUGGAUGAUGCCAUUAGUCAUGAUACAGACAGCUGAAGCAGCCGAGACUUUGCUGAAUAGACCUGGAAACUUUACCAAGCCCCUCAUGUACACCUUUUUAAUUCCCUGGUUGGGUGAAGAAAAUGUCCUCACCGGGACCGGAGAAAAAUGGCGCCUCAAGCGCAAGCUGGCCACUCCGGCCCUGCACCUCAAGAUGCUCGACAACUUCAUGGACGUGUUCAACGAACACGGAAACAUCAUGGUGGACAAGAUGAAGGAAGUCUCUGACAAGGCGGAGCCCGCCUCUAUCUAUCGUUACGUCCAGCGCUGCACUUUGGACAUCACGGCGGCCUUCACGUGA